AUGAUAAUAUGGGAUGAAGCUUUUAUGGCGUAUAAAGAGAAUAUGGAAUCAUUAGAUUUGUUACUUCAGGAUUUAUGUGAGAAUAAUUCCUUAUUUGGUGGUAAGCUUGUAGUGUUUAGAGGGGAUUUCUGCCAAAUGCUUCCAAUUGUUCUACAGUUGAUACAACGAAAAGCAGUUCAAGCUAGAAUUGUAACUUCGUACCUGUGGUCUAAGUUGCAGAAGUUUAAGCUCGCAAAAAAUAUAAGAGCUCGAGCUGAUCCUAAAUACUUUGCAUUUUUGUUAUCCUUGGGAAAUGAAAUCAUGGCAGCUACAUUCCCAGAAUUUAAGGCAGGGGGAUUUGGAAGUGAUAUCUUCACUAAAAGGGCUAUAAUUACACCAAUGAAUGAUGACGUAGAUCUGAUAAAUUCAGUCACGAUUAAAGAAUUCCCAGGAACGCCUAUAGUUUAUAAAAGCUAUAACAAUAUACUUGAUGAAAUGUGCACUCUGGUAUUAUUCAUGGAUCCUGAUAUUUAUAACACUUCGUAUUUCAGCAAAGGUGAAUUGGCAUUGGUGCCUCACAGUCUAACUGCUACCUUUGUAUUAUGUACCAACUAUUGGAGACUGAAAGUGCUUGGAGAUUGA